UAGCGGGUAAUUUCAAAUUGCAGAAAACAGACCAACGAAGAAGACGAAGGGAGCCUUCUGAUUGGUUAUUGCUAGGGGAUAGACUGCCUUGGAUGCACCCCUGCGGUACAUCUUCAGUUUGGGGCAAAAUGCAGUUUCUUUAAAUCUCAAACGAAUGGAAAUACAUUGACGCUCGUGAAUGUUGACUUUUUUUUCGUGUAUCGAAGAGACGUCAUUAAAUGAUUCAGCUGUUUCAAACGGCUUCUUUUUAGGCGUGACAGCUCCCGAGAGGCUUAUUAUUUAUUUUUUGCUGAAAACAAAAUCCUCAAACUGGAUGAAAUGGAUGAACAAAGUGUCGAGAGCAUUGCAGAGGUGUUCCGGUGCUUCAUCUGCAUGGAGAAGCUGAGGGAUGCUCGCCUCUGUCCACACUGCUCCAAACUCUGCUGCUUCAGUUGCAUCCGAAGAUGGCUGACGGAGCAGAGAGCGCAGUGCCCUCACUGUCGAGCUCCGCUGCAGCUGAGGGAGCUUGUGAACUGUCGCUGGGCCGAAGAAGUCACCCAGCAGCUGGACACCCUGCAGCUCUGCAGUCUCACCAAGCAUGAGGACAAUGACAAAGACAAAUGUGAGAACCACCACGAGAAGCUGAGUGUCUUUUGUUGGACUUGCAAGAAAUGCAUCUGUCACCAAUGUGCUCUGUGGGGAGGCAUGCACGGCGGCCACACGUUCAAGCCUCUGGUGGAGAUCUACGACCAGCAUGUGAUGAAGGUGAAAGAAGAGGUGUCCAAGCUGCGCCGCCGCCUCAUGGAGCUCAUCAGCCUCGUGCAGGAAGUUGAGAGGAACGUUGAGGCCGUCAGAGGAGCGAAGGACGAGAGAGUUCGAGAGAUCCGGAACGCCGUAGAAAUGAUGAUCGCUCGUCUGGACAACCACCUGAAAAACAAACUCAUCACUCUCAUGGGCCAGAAGACGUCCUUGACCCAGGAGACGGAGCUGCUGGAGUCUCUGCUGCAGGAGGUGGAGCAUCAGAAAGUGAACUCAUCUCCAAGAGCCCAGAGAUCCUGCUCAUGUUCCAGCAGGUCCACCGGAAGCCUAUGCAGUCCUUCGUCACCACGCCGGUCCCCCCAGACUUUACCAGUGAGCUGGUUCCAGCCUACGACUCCAGCACUUUUGUUCUGGUUAACUUCAGUACUCUGAGGCAGCGGGCCGACCCGGUCUACAGCCCUCCACUGCAGAUCUCUGGCCUGUGCUGGAGACUCAAGGUCUAUCCAGAUGGAAAUGGUGUCGUCCGAGGAAACUAUCUGUCUGUGUUCCUUGAACUGUCUGCCGGACUUCCUGAAACAUCAAAGUAUGAGUACCGUGUAGAAAUGGUUCAUCAGGCUUCCAGCGACCCGACCAAAAACAUCAUUCGGGAGUUUGCCUCAGACUUUGAGGUCGGUGAAUGCUGGGGCUACAACCGUUUUUUCCGGUUGGACCUCCUCGCCAGCGAGGGCUACCUGAACAUGCAGACCGACACGCUGGUUCUCCGCUACCAGGUUCGUUCACCGACGUUCUUCCAGAAGUGCCGGGAUCAGUACUGGUACAUCAGCCAGCUGGAGUCGGCCCAGAGCGGAUACAUCCAGCAGAUCAACAAUCUGAAAGAGAGGCUGGCCAUCGAGUUGUUUCGCCGCCAGACAUCACGCAGCUCCUCGCCCCCUGACCUGAGGCCUGCGGCAGGCACCACGACAUCUGAAAGAGACCCGCGGUCGGUGAAGAGCGACAGCGACAUCCAGAAUACUCUGAGCAACAAUAAGAAGGAGGAGGAAGAAAGGACACAGCACGAUGACUCGAAUGAUCUGUCAGAUGGAGACCUGGAGGUGGAUUGUCUGACGGAGGAGGAGGUGAACCCGCUGGAUGGCAGCAGCACGUCGGGGAGCUCCACAGCCACCAGCAACACCGAGGAAAACGACAUAGACGAGGAGACCAUGUCAGGGGAGAAUGAUGUUGAUUUUAUUGGUAAUCUGGAAGCUGAAGAAGGAGAGCUCCCUGACGACAUGGUUGGAGCCACAGGUGGCUCCAGCUCUGGUCUGCGCUCCGUUCACCGCAGCGCCCCUACUGGCCGCAGUGCAAACAGCAGUGCAGCUGGCGGUGGUGCCGUCGGGCCAGGCAGCAGCAGCCUCCUGGAGAUCGACCCAGUCAUCCUGAUCCAGCUGCUGGAUCUGAAGGAGAGGAGCAGCGUGGAGUCUCUGUGGGGGCUCCAGCCUCGGCCCCCGGUAUCUCUGCUCCACAGCCAAGCACAUGUUCACUCGAGAAAAGAACGUGAGCGGCGGCCUCAGGCGGUGCGGCGAUCGGCUCCAGACUCCAGCGUCCUGAUCCGCCUCAAAGCACAAAUGGCCGAAGUCCGCAGCAAGAUGUCCGAUGUCAAGAGUCAAAUGCUGGAGACCCGGGUGUCUGCGGAGCCCCGGCCCGGCCCAUCUGGUGCCUUCUGCGUGGAGGAGGUCUCGUCUCACCAUGGUGAUACGGAGAUGACAGCCUGUCGUAAGCCUGGUGAGCUGGAACUGGGGGCGAGAUCGGCUGCAGCUCGGCCCAGGCCCUCCCGCUCUGCCAGGAAGUCGCUGUCCCCCGUGCUGGACAGCAGCAGCUCUGUGGUUCUGAAGAGGAGGAGUCCAGAGGAGAUGGACACAGAGCUGAGAGCAGCAGAACCUGCAGCAGAGCUCAGCCUGCAUCCUGCAGAUGUGAUGUCCACAGCAGACGGAGCGGUGAAGGCUGACGUUAUCACAGGGACCCUGGUGUCCCUCAGCAGCUCCACAUCAGAGCAGAUCUCCUCCUCCAAGCAGCAGUAUUGUGUGGAGCAGCAGCUGUACGGAGCCUCAGGAUCCAGAGACGAUAUAUUUACCCUUGGAGGCCCAAGCUACAUGACCACCAGCAAGAGCUGCAGCGGCAGGACCUCUGGAGCUGCCAUGUUAGACUGUGAGGCUGAAGGCUCAGGAAACUCCCAUCAGUCCUUGCUGGAGGGAACUAAUGCACCCCCAAGUGAAGAUCAGUCAUCUUCCAUCCUGGUGGCAGCAACCAGCAGCGACAGUGACUCCGAGGAUGAAGGUCUGCAGAGCUGCAACUCUCGCUAUGACAACCACACUCCUCCCUGCACAGGGGAACAGCUUCUGUCCGACGACACGAGUCUGCCUGGCGACAGGUGAUUCACUCCCACAGCUGCUUUAUCCUCCAAGGACAAACGGCAGUGUGACGCGGCGGCGGCCGGAAACGGCGUGCCAUUCACACAGAUCCGUAGAGUAGAAACUGCCUGCUGUGUGCAUGAGUUCACUAAGAAGACAAUUCAGAAAACUGGAUCUCCUGCUGCUUUCAGGACCAAGCUUUCACUAACCACAUGGAGCGGCGUUAAUUUUUCCGGAUGACUGCAUGCUUUCGUUGAACCGGUCCAGUCUUGUGUUUUUAGAGCCUAUUGGUCGUCGUGCUGUGGGGGGUGUACAUACUUGGGGUCAUUUCAGUGUUACAGCUCAGACGGCGUUCCACCGUGACUGCAGCGAUCGCCAUCAUCAGUGUUUUCUACCACGCUGGCGUUCAGUGUUUUUGUGCUUUAGGCUCUUCUCCUCAAUUUACCAUCAACACCCCCCUCCCCAAUUUAUUUUUAAAAACGCUGCAACCUGUCAGCCGCUGAAAAGCAUUGCGCGUUCUUUCCGGAGGUGAACUCUUGCCGAUCAUUUAUGUAAAUGCCUUCGCCGUGAAAGGCAGCCGCGGCUUCGUGCCCGUUCUGGCUCGUCACUCGAGGAGGCAGAACAAUGACGGAACCGCAUGGAACACGGAUCCCAGGCUGCUCGCAGAGCUUCAGGCUAAAAGCUCUGAAGGACGCCGCCGACUCCAGAUGGAUGGCAGAGCAGGUGUUGGUUUCUUUCCCCUGACACGGGAAGUCGUGUGCGUGCGCACGCAGCUUCUACUCUCCAGUGUUUAGUUAAAUUCACUUUCAUCUGAGAACUCUCAUCCAAACACAAAGGCUCUUUUUCACACUACAUGACGUUAUCUGAAUGAUCAGGUUCAGGUUAUUUGUGUGUUUUUUAAAGGGUCAGUUCUCUCAAUUUGCAGAAUAAUAUCUUAUUUUGUUAAGACAGACUUCUUACUCAUUUUAUGAUCGACUACACCCCAUUUAGUUCAUAAAUUAUCCGAACAUUUCUCCUCAUCUUGUUUAAAUCGUGCGUGUUCUGUCAGACAAAUGAUCAACAAACUUGAAGAAUAUCAACAUUGUUUUUGUAUUUAUGAAUGAAUAAAGAUAAAUGUCAGCAGUUCUGCGGUACUGAACUUAAAAUAUUGAAAACUGACAACAAGAAACAAAAACUCAUUAAUUUUGUGUGAAGUGCAGCUCCUUCCUGCGUCGUGCUGUCGGAACAGUUCUCAGAGGAAGCCGACAUCCAAACCCAAUACAAGUCGAUUAUAUAACACAAUUUUCUGCUGCGCUUCUGGCUUUUCUUGAUGGAUUUAUCAUUUCACACCUCAGUGAUCAAACAAACAGAGCAGACACAACGUAAAGGUUGCAGCAGAACUUUGCACAGCACCAGGGGAACAUGCAGCUUUUUUUUUUUCUGCACCUUAACUUUAAAUGUGAAGUGGAGCCAGAUCUCCUUGUUUUAGUCAUUUGAAAACAUGCUUCUCCUCAACCUUCCAGACCCAUUCCUUUCAUCAUCGUGUUGAUAGAAGGCGUGCUGUAGAUCCGCUUUAAAGUGCAUGGCUUUAUUUACGCUUUUUCCCUUUAACUGCUUCUCUCAGAAAAAAGAGGGAGAUUUUUUUUAUUUGUUUGUGUAAUAUUCUGAAUGUUCUCACAAUGCAGCCUGCAUUAUUCUGUGUGUAUUCUUCCUUUUGGUGUUAAUAAACUGUUUUAUGAUGUUGGA